ACCCAGCUGUCAUGCAUCUCUUUUCUUUCUCUGUGCAGGCAGUGGCUGACAACUGCAGUGCAGCCUGUAGGUUGUGUAGUCGGCUGUCUUAAGGACGAGAGCAGGUUUACAGUACGCAAAAGAGGCUAUUUCAAAUGUGAUGGCGCAUCAAAGACAUUUUCUCCAGGUUUUGACAUUCAGCCAGACCUUCCGAAAACACGUCCCUCCCUCUCUUCUCCACCCUCCUUUCUCAUCAGUGUUCUGGUCACCCAUUGGCAGAGAACAAAUCAGACAAUGCAGUUUGGUUGUUUAUGUUUGGUUUGAAGAGAGGGGAUGGAUGUCCGAAUGGUGCUGGGCGAGCCGGAUAAUGUUCUCCAGGCCAAUAAUCCUCCCGAUGCAGGAAGUGGCUAUCUGAAGCAUCCCAGUGAGGAGCAGGACAGAAGCUCCAGCCCAUCUGUCUUUCAUUCUGUGACCACCACACGGAAGGAGGGUCUGUUAAAUCGAAAGAGACCAUUUGUUGGAAGGUGCUGUCACUCUUGCACACCCCAGAGUCAGGAAAGGCUCUUCAAUCCCAGCAUCCCCUCACUUGGGCUCCGUAAUGUGAUUUACAUCAAUGAAACGCACACGAGACACAGAGGUUGGCUAGCAAGGAGACUGAGCUAUAUGCUGUUUGUCUUGGAGAGGGAUGUCCAGAAAGACAUGUUCGCUCGCAACAUGGUGGAGAACGUGCUCAAAAACAGCAGGGUUGAAAGCGCUAUUGUGGAUGUAGCGGCAGAGGAUGGUCAUACAGAUGCCGAAUCUGGAGUGGAUCCCAAAACUGCCAGUAAAGUCAGACGGAAGGCCAGAGGAUUCCUACAAGAAAUGGUGGCCAAUAUCUCACCUGCCUUCAUCAGAUUAACAGGAUGGGUAUUGUUGAAACUAUUUAAUGGCUUCUUCUGGAGCAUUCAGAUUCAUAAAGGUCAGCUUGAGAUGGUCAAGAAAGCAGCAUCUGAGUACAAUGCUCCUCUGGUCUUCCUUCCUGUUCACAAGUCCCACAUAGACUACCUGCUCAUCACCUUCAUCCUCUUCUGCCACAACAUCAAAGCCCCUCACAUCGCAGCCGGCAACAACCUCAACAUCCCCAUUUUAAGCACACUGAUUCGCAAACUUGGAGGAUUCUUCAUUCGGCGUAAACUGGAUGAGACCUCUGACGGAAAGAAGGAUGUAUUAUACAGAUCGCUGUUACAUGCAUACACGGAAGAAUUGUUGCAGCAGCAGCAGUUUCUAGAGGUGUAUUUAGAGGGUACGCGCUCUCGCAGCGGAAAGCCGUCUCCAGCACGUGCGGGCAUGCUGUCCAUUGUGGUAGAUGCACUUUGUAUCAGUAGCAUCCCAGAUGUUCUCAUCGUGCCUGUUGGGAUCUCAUAUGACCGCAUUAUUGAGGGAAACUACAAUAGUGAACAGCUGGGAAAACCUAAGAAAAAUGAAAGUCUGUGGGGUGUGGUCUGCGGUGUGUUCAGAAUGCUCAGGAAGAACUACGGCUGUGUUCGUGUGGAUUUCACUCAGCCCUUCUCUCUUAAGGAAUACCUGGACACGCAACGGUGUCGGCAUCUCCAACCCCCCAUCACACUGGAGCAGAUCCUACUCCCUACCAUCAUUGCUGCACAGCCUGAUCAGGCUGUGUUUAACGGAGAAGAUGGAGAUAAUCUCAAUUCUAGAGACCUUUCAGAUGAGCCCUGGAGGAGGCAGGUCAUUGCUAACCUGGCCAAGCACGUACUUUUCACUGCCAGUAAAUCAUCAGCAAUCAUGUCAACUCAUAUCGUGGCCUGUCUCCUCCUGUAUCGACACAGGCAGGGUGUGCUUCUGUCUAAAUUGGUGGAGGAUUUCUUCAAUAUGAAGGAAGAGAUCUUAUCACGGGACUUCGAUCUGGGCUUUUCUGGGAACUCAGAGGACGUGGUCAUGCAUGCACUCAGCCUUUUGGGAAACUGUGUGAACGUCACCAGCACCAACAAAAACACAGAGUUCAUCAUCGCCCCCAGCAACACUGUGCCUGCACUCUUUGAGCUCAAUUUCUACAGCAACGGCCUUUUCCACGUUUUCAUUGCCGAUGCAAUUAUAGCUUGUAGCACACUGGCCCUACUGAGAGAGCAAGCUGCAGUAACUUCAGAGAGUGAGCAGAAUUCUUCCUCGACGCUGCUCAGCCAAGAGAGACUGAUCCGCAGAGCUGCAGGCCUCUCCCACUUCCUGUCCAAUGAGGUGGCAUUGGCACUGCCGUGUCAGACUUUGUAUCAGGUCUUCCAUGAUGCCAUCACUAGAUUAAUCGAAUAUGGCGUGCUGAUUGUGGCUGAGGAUGACCAGGAGGAGUUAAGCCCAUCUGAGGAGCCUUGGCCCAAAAAGUUCCCUGAGGCUCUUUCCUGGCGAAGCGAUGAGGAGGAUGAAGACAGUGAUUUUGGAGAUGAACAGAGAGACCGUUAUCUAAAGGUGAGUGCAUCUGCUGAGCACCAGGAAUUUUUUACUUUCCUGCAGAAGAUUGUCACCCCUGUGCUAGAGGCCUACAGUGGUGCAGCUAUCUUUAUACACAGCCUGAGUUCAUCCAUGUCAGAGAGAGAGUACACCCAGCAGCUUUUCAGAUAUCUGCUAACACGCACAGAGAGAGGAGUGGCUGCAUAUGGAGAGAGUGCCACACACUACCUCGUAAAGAAUACUGUGAAAACAUUUAAAGAGCUGGGGGUGCUUAAAGAAAGACGAGAGGGUUCUGUGUGUUGUCUGGAGUUGAGCAGUGCUUUCUUACCUCAGGCCAACAGGAACAAACUCCUGCAGUACAUUCUGGGUUUCAGCCUACUGUGAGCCACAUGCUUGGACCAUCAACACAGCCGCCCAGCUCAUCUUCCCCUUCACCACCCCACUCAAGGGCUUUUUACAGGCUAGUCAUGAAGGUCAAAGGUGCUACUCUACCUGGAAGUGCCUUCACUGAACGCCUCAUGCUAUACAAGAGUUAGUCUUCCGUUCACUGUGAAACUUACCACUUAUGUACCACUGAAUACACAACUAGUUUACGCACCACUCUUUUUUUUUUAUGGAAAGCCUCCACUAAUGCUGUAGUUGUGGAUUACUGUACUCAUUUUGCCAUUGUACGCUAAAUCUUAUCUUUUCCUAGCUAUGAGCAUUUAUAUGGUGUCAGUCUGUCUGGUUGUAGUUUUUUUUGUUUUGUUUUUUUUUAACUCCAAUCAGAACAUGAAUGUCACUCCUUAUGAGAACAGGCUGCCUUCAGUUUUAACAAGCAUACUUCACCAAGGUAAUGGCGAGUGUAUAGAAAUCUUUAAAAAGGGCAUUUAAUUGUUUGUUUUUAAAUCACUAGUACUGUUAGAACAUUUUAAAGAGAAUAACAUUCUAGCAUUCGCUCUAAAUAAUCUUGUGGCAGAGAUUUGGAAGAAUGAGGUGACUAUGCAGACGACUGAGUGUGAGCUGUUAAUAAUGGCCGGGUGGAAAUUGCGCAACAGUUACUUCAAGACUUUGAGAGGAACAAAAAAUAGUUACUGAGCAAUUUGUACCAUUAGUGGGUUAUUAAAGGUCAGUUCUUGUUUAUCCACUUAGUCACUUUCUAUGGGUGCAAUUGGACGUCCAUGAAGAAUAGUUAGUUAUUGUGUAACACAGCAAACAGUAGAUAAAUGUAAUGGUCUUAGCAGGCCGGGAGUAUCAUGUGUGCAGCAACAGGGUAAACAUUACUGGAAAUUGAGCUUGAAACUUGGCUGGCUAUUGUAAAAUUGUUCACAGAUCUCUUAUGUAAUAUUUGAAGGAGAGGUCCCUUUGCAGCCAAGCACUUUUAUUCCCUCCUCAGUUACUGUCAUAUUUUUUAUAAGGGUUAAGAUGCUCUGCAAUGAAUUUUCUGUACAUCUGUGUGAAUGUGUGUGCAUGUGUGCAAUAUGUCUGUAGUAUGUGUAUUAACCUGUAUUUAUGCCACAAGCCUGUUAAAAGCAAAGAGAACAAGAAUGCUGAAAAGGUACAUGUUGCCGUGAUAAUGACAUAUUCAAAAGUGCAAUAUUUUGUUUGUUAGAAAAUGGAUAUAGAGCUUGUAGAAAGUCAAGAGAACACAGUAAUGGUCCAGUGGCAUUUUAAUUGUUAUCAGGUGUGACAAAAGACUUGACUACUUAAAGACCCAACAGUUUGUCUUUCCUAUUUUCAAGCCUUUUCUGCUGAUUCAUCAACAUCUUUUUCUUAUGUUGUGCAUUAUCCAGGCGUGACUCAUGCUUGUUUUGGCAAGUCUUUUAAGUGAAUGUGAAAAGCUACUCUAGGAAAAGGGAACUUCUUUGAGUCAGCUCAUAGGCAUAUCUACGUUAGAGCUCUAUUUUAAGUUGAGACUUUCCAGUGCCUGUGUUUCACCUGCAUUACAUGGAUAAACUGCGAGAAUGUAGCUGCUAGGCGUGUACACCUGGGAAACUACUGGAAAACUUUGGAAUGUGAUACAGGGUUCCCACGGUCAUUAAAAAUUUGGAAUUAUCCAGACUGAUCACUCUGAAUUCCACAACAGUAGGAUGAAUGUUUUGCUCCUUAAAUCGCUCUGUGCUUCUCAAAAUUAAAAUGGAUGCCCGCAGUGGCUGAAGCUGGAAAUGUUGAACGUAUGGGCGGCACGUGUGAGAUGCAGUUUCUGGGUGAAAAAGCAGGUUGUAUUUUUAGUUGUAAAUGAUGUAAUACAGUCAACAGGAAUGCAUAUUUUAUUAACUCCUAAACCCCAACCCUAAACCUUACCAUCAGUGCAGCGAAAAUGUAUGUGAACACGAUUACUUUUUGGUUACUUACAGGACAAGAAGCCAUUUCUCGGUGGUUCCUCAUGCUACAUUAGUGCAAUUUGUAGCGCUAGAAAAAAAUUUGUUCACACUAUAUUAUUUUUUUGGGGGGAUUUUUCCCCUUUUUCUCCCAAUUUGGAAUGCCCAAUUCCCAAUGUGCUCUAAGUCCUCGUGGUCACAUAGUGAUUCGCCUCAGUCCGGGUGGGGAAGGACGAAUCCCAGUUGCCUCCGUGUCUGAGACAGUCAACCUGCGCAUCUUAUCAUGUGUGGAGGCUUCACACCAUCCACCGCGGCAACCACGCUCAAUUCACCAUGCGCCCCACCGAGAACAAACCACAUUAUAGCGACCACGAGGAGUUUACCCCAUGUGACUUUACCCUCCCUAGCAACCGGGCCAAUUUGGUUGCUUAGCAGACCUGGCUGGAGUCACUCAGCACGCCCUGGGAUUCGAACUAGCGAACUAGCGAACUCCAGGGGUGGUAGCCAGCAUAUUUUACCACUGAGCUACCCAGGCCCCUGUGUUCACACUAUAUUAAUGCAAAGAUGCCUGAUGGGAGACGGCACCUGUCAGUAAUUCGGCUGACUGGGGUUGAUUUCAGGGUACAUGAACUUUCGGAAGCGACAUUUCAAUUCCCUGUGUGAUCAUGUUGAUUUCCAGGGCAGGAAAAGUCAUGGAAAAGUUUUGGAAAUGUUGUGAAUAGUGAACAUGUUUCUAGUUAGCUAGAAAUCAGCUAGAAAUGGCUCUUUGUGCGUGCAAUCUCUAAAACUGAUAUUUAAUCUUUAACUUAUGAAUGCAAGAACAAUUGUGGGAACCCUGAUGAUUAUUAACUAUAUAUUAGACUUGAAGUAUUUUGGGGUAUCUAAGCAUAAGCCUGUAAAGGUUGGGUAAAUAACGUAUGUAAUAACUUAUAUUACACUAAUAACUUUAAAAAGGUCUCAAACUUAUUAUGCACAUACUGUAUUAAAGCAUAUUUUGGUGCAGUUAGUUACCCCUGUUGUCCCAUGCACAAAAUAGUUGCGCUUGCGUCAAUUUGGCAGCAAUUAUAAGGUUUAAAUUAGCAAUACACAGUUUUUGAGUCAAAGGAAACAAGAACUGGUCAAAAAGUAUGUGUUUCAUAAUAAUUGUUUCUACAAUGUGUAAAUGUGUUCAAUAACCUAGGACAGUUGUUAACUGUAUAUUUGAGAUUUGCAUGACUAUUAACAGCCACAUGCAUUUCUCUCCCAUCAGACAGCAAUAAUUCUAUUGUCAUUUGUCCCAUGUCCAUUGACAUGGUCAUGUACUCCACUAAUCCCAAGUGAAGUGUGGGUUAUUGCUCAGCAGUAAAUCCAAGUGGCACUAAAUGUGAGCAAUACAUUUACAUUUAGAUUUUGAAAGAAACAUAGAAAACAAAUAUUAAGGUAGUCAAAUUUUAUAUUCCUCAUGUCAAAUAAUAAUGUAGUUGUUUUCCUCUGCAUUGUCUUCUAAGUGAUAAUAUAGCAUUUAAAAUCAACUUUGUAUACAAGGUAGAGAUCCCACAAUUGUAUUGUGGGAUGGGGAGUUUACUAAAACAAAUGCAUAAAAUUAUGUUUGCUCUGGCUUCUGGAUAACCAAUGGGGCUUCUUAUUGAGCUCUAAAUCCUGCAGACAGAAUGCUUUUUAAAUUAUGCAGUAGAACUGUUUUCUAUACUUUGGCAUGUUUGCUGAGUGUAGUGUAGUGUAGUUGUAGUGAAAGAGGAAAUUACCCUAGCACUGAAGCCAGACUUACUAGUACUGCUUACUCUCAGUCGUUACUCUUUGUUUUUCUGUAAAACGAUGACAUUUUCAUGCUCUGUAGAUUUUUUUUAAAUUUUUUUUUUUUUUAAAUAAAUGAAUAUGUUAACAAAUGGUUGGCACAGUUUUGUGAACUAUGCAAUGGGGAUACAGAUUACAGUGCAAAUGUAUUUUAAACUACACUAUAUGUACCCAGAACAGUUCCAAAACAUGUCAUGGAGGAGGUAAGAGAUGUCCAUGAUGGCAAACAAUUUGUGCAUCAUUCUCCUCUUAUACACCAACUCUAGAGGGUGGACUGUAGGGAAAUAUCCAAAAA